UAUAUUCAAAAAUAAAACAAACCGUUUCUCGAUACCUCUAUUCGGACUAUGCAGAAUGCAGUAACGAUACUUACACCUCACAUCUCUCACUUCCUCUGAUACAUUCUACUAUUCUUCAUCCGCAAUCUUAUUCUGCCAGACAAUUUUCUUCUUCUCCUUCUUCAUCUAAACCGUGCUCAAAAGUCGAAGGCCUCAGUAUUGAAUCGUGCCGCGUGGUGGUUGGUGCUCCGUAAACUCAGUACCGUUUCUAGCGCGAAUUGUGUGCGAAAAUAGUGUUUAUCAGCGGAAUAUAGUGCUUGUUUAUUCAGUGUAACUGAAUCACCAUAAUCAAUAUUGAUAGAUUGAAGGAUGAAUUCAGUAGAUACAUUUAUGAAAAAAGCUCUUUAACUACUGUAGUAUUACUGUUUAUCAAUGAAUUAAAUUUAUUCUGUAUUGGUUUUCUACAACAAAACACGUGACCUUUUGUUGAAACUGCCACAAGUUGAAAUUUGUUGAACUCUUCAUUGACAUUUAGCAGAUGUAUUGUUGUUGGCGUUGACCAUUAAGCCUACAUUCAUGACUUCUACAAAUAACUUGAAAAUGUUGAAAUGGUCUCAAUUAGACAUUCUCCAGAGGACGGGAGAUAAGAAAACAUCAAUUUUGAAUGGAUCCGAUCCUCGAGUGGCGACAUGCAGAGGAAAACUACAGAACAAACGAUCCAAGCUAAACCAGGAAAUCAAUAAGGAAUUAAGGCUGCGGGCUGGUGCUGAGAAUCUAUUCAAGGCAACAACAAACAGAAAACUGAAAGAAACUGUAGCACUUGAGCUGAGCUUUGUCAAUUCCAACCUCCAACUAUUGAAGGAACAGUUAGCCGAGUUGAAUAGUUCUGUUGAACUAUACCAGGGAGACUGCCUCGAACCUGUUAUGCCUAUGAUACCAUUUGGUCUCAAAGAAACAAAAGAGAUUGACUUCAGAGAGCCAUUCAAAGAUUUCAUACUGGAGCAUUACAGUGAAGAUGGAUCACUCUAUGAGGAUGCCAUUAUGGAGUUCAUGGAUCUUAGACAGGCUAUGAGGACUCCAAACAGAGAUGGAACAGGAAUUGCAUUACUAUUCCAGUAUUACAAUCAAUUAUAUUUCGUCGAACGAAGAUUUUUCCCACCAGAUAGAAGUCUUGGAAUAUAUUUUGAAUGGUACGAUUCUCUGACUGGUGUUCCAAGCUGCCAGAGGACGGUGGCAUUUGAAAAAGCCUGUGUUCUCUUCAAUAUGGCGGCUCUUUACACUCAGCUUGGAGCGAAACAAGAUCGUUUGACUGCAAAAGGACUGGACCAAGCUGUUGAUAGUUUCCUAAGAGCUGCAGGAACAUUCACGUAUGUUCAUGAGAACUUUACAAAUGCACCCAGCAUGGAUCUGGCUCCACAUAUGUUGGAAAUGCUAAUACAACUCAUGCUGGCCCAGGCGAGAGAAUGUUUGUUUGAAAAAUUAGAACUGCAGUCUACAGAGAAGAGGGAUAUUGACGUUUGCCUGGAUCUUGCUCAAGAAGCAGCUCAAGUGGCUGAGACUUACUGCACCGUUCACACAUUGAUCACAGUUUCGGCCGUCCGUGACUAUGUUCCCUACUCAUGGGUGUCGCUGAUCCAGAUUAAGCGAGAACAUUAUGGAGCUCUGGCGCAUUACCAUACGGCAGUAGGACUUCUCGGCCGAGACCUCGAUGAGAUGUCUGAGAGAACAAAGGAAGUGCUCCAGUGUCUGCACGUUGAGUCUGACGAGAGGACCCAGUUGGAAAUCGGGGAGCCCCGGGACAAUCAGGAGAGAAGAAUUCUUGGACGAGCACAUCUGAGGGCAGCCCUUCUAUUACACGAAGAGAGUCAUCGUCUACUGAGAAUGUGCAGAGAGCUGCGAAACAAGCAUGCCUUGCUUCAAGUUUUGAAGAAAGCUAAGGAAAAUACAAUGGCUUCUUAUUCUGACACAGAUCCUGAAGAUGAGUUCAAUGAUCUAUUGGAUCCUCCUCAUAUUCAUGCAUCGACUAACUUCCAACUGAGUUUGACUCCACCAGAUUUUGCCCAGAUGAGGGUGGAUGACCUAUUCCACACACUUGGACCUGUGGCUAUAUUCUCAGCCAAGCACCAUUGGACUGCUCCAAGGAGUGUGCAACUGCAGAGGGGAGAGGGCGACACCGGCUUUGGAUUCAGUGUGCGGGGAGACUCACCUGUCAUCGUGGCUGGUGUUGAUUCUGGUUCACUUGCACAUUAUGGCGGUAUGAAAGAAGGGGAUUUCAUAGUGGCUAUUGGUGAUAAUGAUGUGAAGUGGUCACCACAUGAAGAUGUUGUCAAACUCAUCAAAGAAGCUGGAGAUUCCCUAAGUAUGCGUCUAGUUACUCCAAUGGACAGAAACUACCUCAAGGUACCGCCAAUGAGCAGCACAAAAACUACAAGUAGUCAGCCCACACCUACAGGGUCCAGUGGAACACACAAAAAACUGACGUGGAAUCCAUUCAGAAAACGCGGAGAACGCGAAACUAGCUUCCGCGAUUUAAUUUUGAGAUGAAUAAAUACUGGCAACAAAGCCAAGAAUGUAUAUAGAUCAUGUAAAGCUCAUCUACCAUUGUCAUAUAUAGCUAAUAACUGAUAGAAUAAGAAGUAACUGAAUAAAUGCUGUAAGAAAGUUGGA